AUGAGGUUCCUUACAAGUCUCGUCGUUGCCACUUUAUCCAGCACAACGGCAUCCUACCAGUUCAAUCCUCUCCACCAUCUUGCCGGUAUCGCUCCUUACUUCAGCUCUCAUGAUCCCCAGAUUAAUCCAGCUCCCCCCGCUGGCUGCAACGUCACACGCGCAGCUUAUCUCGUCCGGCAUGCUGCCAUCUACGCCAACGACUUCGACUACGAGACCUACAUCGAGCCGUUCGUCGAGAAGCUGCGUAACACAACACAAAGCUGGACAAACACCGACUCGCUCGCCUUCCUCGCCAAUUGGACCGCACCCAUCACCGAGGACCACCUCGAAAAGCUGACUCGCGUCGGACUCCAAGAGGCAACAACUCUGGGCGUUAAGUUCCGCCAGCGAUACCCUGACUUGCACACCGACAAAGUUUGGGCCGCAACUGCCGAGCGGACGACCAAAUCUGCCCAGGGCUUCAUAACCGGCUACACCAACAACAAAACGCACGUUGAUCUUGUCAGCGUCGCACAGAGUGACACGACCGGCGCGGACUCCUUGACACCUUACAAAUCCUGCCCAGCAUACAGCUCCAGCUAUGGCAGCACCUAUGAAGAUGAAUUUAUUGAAACCUACACAGGCCCCAUAAUCAAGCGACUCGACGCCAUCGCCCCAAAAUUCAACUUCACUUCCUCCGAUGUAACCGCCAUGUUUGAGCUUUGCGGCUACGAGACCGUAAUCCGAGGCUCCUCGCCAUUCUGCUCCUCCUCGCUCUUCACUAACAACGAAUGGCUCUCCUUCGAGUACGCCAACGACAUCAUGUACUUCCACAACACGGGCUACGGCCGCCCUGUGUCGCCGGUGAUUGGCUUUCCCUGGGUCAACGCCAGCUACAACCUCCUCUCCGCAGAGACCAGCGAGCAAGACAUCUACGUCUCCUUCACACACCGCGAGGUACCUCCAACCAUUGUCACAGCGCUGGGUUUGUUCAACAACAGUGCUUAUUCGGGGGCGGAUGAUGUGAAUGCUACUAUGCCGACGAAUGAGGUAAAUUACGAUCGUGCCUGGAAGAGCAGUAACAUUUUGCCAUUCUUGGGAAAUAUUGGGAUUGAGCGGAUGGAGUGCAGUGGUACUCAGAAUGGAUUUGACGAGGGUGUGUACUUCCGGGUGUUGGUCAAUGAGGCUGUUAAGCCGCUGAUCGGGUGUCGGGAUGGGCCUGGGGAGAGCUGUAGCGCGGAAACGUUUGCGGAAUUUAUUAGCGGGAAAGAGAAGAGGUUUGGGGAUUUUGGCAGGAUGUGUGGCAAUUCUUCUGCUUUGGAGACUUUGGACAUAUAUAAUUAG